AUGGCACUAUCAGAAGAAGUGAUCGCACGACGACUUAGAGCCGUCGAUCAAAGUUCAGAAUCAAUUCAAACGACAUCCAUGUGGAUACUACAUCAUCGCGACUUAGCUGCACAGUUUGUGAACUGCUGGACUGAAGUAUUCAGAACUGCUGGCGAUUCGUUACAAAUUGCUCUGUUCUACGUAGCGAAUGAUGUUUGCCAAAAAGCGAAAAAAAAGGGCGAUUCACAUAUCUUACUUCAAGCUUUUGCACCACAUUGGGUCAAUGCUAUUUCAUAUUCUAGAGGUAGUGAAAACGUUCAGAAAGCUGUUAGUAGAAUACUUGAUAUAUUCGAAGAGCGUCAAAUUUAUUCAAAAUCACAGCUGGCUGACAUGCGUGCUGCACAGAAUGACAGCAAUGAGUUGGAAGAUAAUACACUAAUUGAUUUCGAUAUUGGAUAUCUAAUACGUGACGUUGAGGGUUAUCAUAAAGGAAAUUUGGUUAUGGAGCGCGCAAGAGACUUGCUUUCCAGAAGUGACUUCAAUUUUAAGGAUAAGAUAAAGAGUCGAAUGAAAGAUCGUCGAGAUGGUGAGAAAUUUAUGGGAGAAAUUGAACAGUCUUACACAAAGCUAACAGAUUUUUUUGGAGCAUUAGCAAAGCACCGCAAGCGUGGACAGCACCUUUUGGGUGAAAUUGAACGAGCCAAACGUUGUUUCACUCUGCAGUUACGAGAUGUGACUGUUGUGGAAGAUGCUUACCAAAAAUUUGGUGCUGGGAUCGAUGAAGUUUGUGCAGAAGUAGAAGAAAUGUUAAAAACAAGUGUUUAUCCAGGUGCUUCGCCUCCACGUGAUGCCCCUUCACCAACAGCCAAUGACGAUCCGUUUAGGGAGGGUGUAGAAAUUGCAUUCAAACAAAUGAGAGGACCACAAUGCGGUUCUAGCUCAUUAUUGCCGUUACCAAAACUAGUACCCGCUAAGGAGGAAUCCGUUGUUACGCCUGAUUCCCUCCAAACGGAUCAGUCAUUCAGAGGUUCGGCGCAUAUGUUGAAAAUGAUAGAAGGAAUCCGAGCAAGUGAGACAUCCAGAACAAAUUCACCAUCGGUUAUGUCCGAUCCGCGCCUUGCGUCUCAUCUACCGUCCUCUUCAAUCCUUGGUUGCUUAUCAUCAGUCGAGCCUACUGCCACAGUUGGUAGUUCAUCCUUUCCACUACUGUCACAAGCUUCAUCUAACUCAAUGUUGUCCUCUGAACUUCCAAACCAACCUCAAGUAUCCCAGAUAUCACCGUUUCGGCUCGUUAGUUCCCCACCACUUCCUGGCGUAACACGAAUGCAAGAUGCGCAAACCUCCCAAUCAAAUGGCAAUCUUCCACAAUGGUUUCACGAUUCGUCGUCGAAUUUUUCUACACCACCCACGCCCGGACCAGGCACUCCGACGGAUGUUGCAUCCAUUUCUGGCACUACAAAUUCUCUUCAAACGCCAAUUAUUUCCAGUCAGCUGCAUAGUAGCCAAACAGCAAGCAGAAUGGCCGAUUCCCCCAUUCUUGGAAGUCAACCAUCCUUGUUAAAUGCUAAUCCUCAAACCGGAUCAUCUUCACAAUCUACCACACUUCCUGGAAUGUUGCCACCACCGCCACCGAAUAUGCGUCCAUCACUGGGAAUGCCACCACUAAACAAUUUUGUACCAGCUGCAAUGCCACCCUAUACUGUAAUGUCCGCAACUUCCGCACCAUUGCCAACAACAAUUCCAUUUCCUCCCAAUUCUUUCGCUGUCCCGCCUCCAAGACCUGUAGUUGUUCCACCACCAAAUUCCUUAAAUAUACCUCCACCUGGUGUUAUGGAAUGUCCACCACCUGGCGCUUUUUCUCUAAGCACCAGCAGUUUCUCUACAGCUACUCCCUUGGUUUCAUGUACGUUUUCCUCGCCGUCGCCGUCAAGUUCUAGUUCUACAACAAUAGCUUCUGCCACUACUCUAUUUUCUAGAAGGCCAUUAACGAAUGGUGGCAACAGUAACAGUGUUGUCGAUUCAGUAAAGGUUAAUGGUGAUUUACGCCACGAACCCAGAAAGCACUUUGAAAAUUACGGUACCACAAUGGAUAGCCGUGGAGACCACCGAUCAUUUGGAGGAUUUCGUGGAGACGACGACAUUGGUCGUGGAGGUCUGCGAGAUCCGCAUGGGCGUGAUCGAGACCGUGAACGCAAUGGUAAUCGAGGAGUGCAACAGCAGCUUCACAAUAACGGUGGUAGGCGCUAUUCUAGUGAUAAUCGUAAUCGUAUGACUCGUUACAGAGAUUAUGAUGAUGAUCGUCGCUCUCGGCGUUAUGAACUACCACGCGAUGAUUUUAAUCGUAAUCGGAGAUAA